AUGCGCACUUCGACUCUGUCGGCUCUCGCAGCCUUUGGCGCUGUUGCGUCGGCGUAUCAGCUGCCUGCCAAUCUCAAGAAGAUUUACGACAGCCACAAGUCUGGCACCUGCUCCAAGAAGCUCUCCUCCGCCUUCUCUGGCGGUGCCGUCUACUGUGGAGACCUGCCGAAUGCCAUCUUCCUCAAGGGCAAGGCCGGCAACUACGACAAUCUCGACAUCGACUGCGAUGGUGCCAACAACUCGGCUGGUGAAUGCGCCAAUGACCCCACCGGACAGGGCCAAACCGCCUUCAAGGACGAUGUGAAGAAGUACGGCAUCCCCGAUCUCGAUGCCAACCUCCACCCGUACGUGGUCUUUGGCAACGAGGAGCACAGCCCAUCCUUUGACCCGGAGGCACACGGCAUGGAGCGCUUGAGCGUUAUGGCUAUUGUGUGCAACAACCAGGUGUUCUACGGAAUUUGGGGCGAUACAAAUGGUGGGACCUCCACUGGCGAGGCGUCUCUCGCCCUUGGCAAGCUGUGCUUCCCCAACGACGGUCUCAAUGGCGACAAUGGCCAUGACCCCAAGGAUGUCCUGUACAUUGGCUUUACCGGGAGCGGGGCUGUACCCGGAAAGAGUGGCGCCAACUGGAAAGCGAAGAAGACGGCCGAUUUCGAGGCCAGCAUCAAGGCCCUGGGCGAUAAGCUCGUUGCCAGCCUGCCAGCCUGA